UUUCUCCACACCCUUCUCACUUUUUUACCCCUGACCCAUUUUCAUGCUUGUACUCUUCAGGUAGCUGAUUAAAAGUAGCAGCUAUUCAAACCAUAUUUAAUUUUUCCACAAUGAGAGAAAAUGAACACUGGGGGAAACAAAGUAAAUUUAAGUUGUAAAAAUUAUAGACUGCAACAUGAUUGAAAUAAACUGGUGACGUGUUGUGCAUUCAGAUAACACGUCUUGAAAUAUUAGAGCUAGCGGAACGAUUUACUGCUAUCUUGGCGGACAUAUUCACAUUCACAAUUGGUUACAGGCAUUGGAGAAAGCCUUGAUAAAUGUGGUGCCGUAGAGUUAUCACUUCUGGGACGUUUGAGAAUGCCUGAACUAGUUCUCCAAGCAUUUUAAGCCAAACUAAGCAUGAUCAAACUCUUGGUGUUCCUGCUCAGAGGAUUAGAACCCUUUUCCCUGUUUCUGUGCUCUACACUUUCUCUUUAAACUGAAAAACGCCUUGGCUUUCUUGUGCAACAAUAAUGACUUCUGAGAAUGCUCGUUUAGAAAAAGCCUCGUUGUUUACUUCCUGAUAUUUUGCUAUGUCAGCAUUUCCAAAUAUGGGCCACCAUUUUCCGUGUCGCUGGACCUUUCACACGAUCGAGUGAAAGUAUAAUAAGGCCUUCAUAGCUGUCCUGAUCAACGUACAGUGGAUCACAAAAGUGGAUGUUGGUGGUGGCAAACAGCCUGCUGAAAAUCAUGAACCUAUCUACCACUUCCCCCACAAUACAUCUUAAUGGCCUCCCCCCUGACCAAACCGCACGUUCAGGACCUGAUCCAAAGCAGAAUAAUACUUGCUUAAGUGUCCACCUUUACUACGUGGAAAAUGGUGCUGGAGGAGAGGAAAGUGUGCUUACCUACCCACCUGGCGACUACGUUGCAGAAGAGCUUUGCAUCCUCGCAGCCCAGACCUGUGGUAUCACACCAUUGUAUUUCAACUUGUUCGGCCUCAUGAGGGAAAGUGACCGGAUGUGGUUUCCGGCUAAUCACGUCUUUAAACUGCAGCAGGAGGCCAGCGAGAGGCUACACUUCAGAAUCAGGUACUACUUUCCUGGCUGGUACAAUAGUGGCGUUUCUACAUGUCCUCACCGCUGCGGGCUUUCCAAAGGAAUGGAGAGCCCUGUGAUGGAUGAGUGCGUCAUGGCCUACCAGUUUUUCCAGUGCCGGAGUGACUUUCUUAAUGGUAGGGUGGUGAUCCCAAUGGGUCACGAAGCCCAGGAGGAGUGUCUUGGUAUGGCUGUACUAGACAUGAUGCGCCUGGCCAAAGAGAGUGGCCAGUCACCUGUGGGCAUCUACAAUGACACCAGCUAUAAAUCGUUCCUGCCAAGCUGCAUGCGAAGUCGCAUACAGGAAUACAACAUCUUGACUCGAAAGCGCAUCCGCUUUCGGUUUAAGAGGUUCAUCCAGCAGUUCAGCGAAUGCAAAGCCACAGUGUGUAAACUUCGCCUGAAAUAUCUGAUGAGCCUGGAGAUACUGCUUCCGUCGCUCUACUCGGAGCGCUUCCACGUCAAGGACCUUUCCGCACACGAUGUUACCAUCGUCGUCAUGGGCAACAAGGGCAUCCUGUGGUCAAAAGGGAAAACGGAGGGAGGAGAGGAGGAGCUGCAGACAUACUGUGAUUUCCCAGAGGUGAUAGACAUCAGCAUUAAGCAAUCCAAUAAGGAAAGCUCAGUGGAGAGUCGCAUAGUUACGCUCACGAGACAAGACCACCAGAUCCUGGAGCUGGAGUUUCACUCUCUCCCAGAGGCGUUGUCGUUCGUAUCGUUAGUGGACGGAUAUUACAGACUUGUAGCGGACGCUCAUCAUUAUCUUUGCAAAGAGGUGGCCCCUCCGAGACUUUUGGAGGACAUCCAGAGUCACUGUCAUGGCCCCGUGUCGAUGGAGUUUACCAUCGCUAAGCUGCGUCGCGCCGGCAACCGCCAAGGCCUUUACAUACUACGUCGAAGCCCCAGAGACUACGACAAAUUCUUCAUGUCCUUCGUGGUGGGGUAUGACACAGCUAUGGACUACAAGCACUGUCAGAUUGUGAGGAGCGAGUCAGGAGAAUACAUUCUGAGUGGUGCCAAGAGAAGCUUCGAUACGCUCGGGGAACUUCUCUCCUGCUAUCAAAACGAGGCGCUUCGCACAGACGGCUACACAUUUCAACUGACCAAGUGCUGCCCGCCCAGCUCCAAACACAAAUCCAAUCUGCUGGUGUGUCGAAGUAACCGAGGUCCAGAGGUUCUUCUGUCUCCCUCUCUCCAAAAGAGCAUCAGCCAGAUGGUUUUCCACAAGAUCCGAAAAGAAGACCUUGUCAUAAGCGACAGUCUCGGCCAGGGUACGUUCACCAAACUCUUCUCCGGCGUGAGGAAGGAGCUCGGAGACUACGGGGAGAUUCAUCAGAUAGAUGUGGCUAUCAAAAUUCUGGACAAAGCUCAUCGCCGUUACUCAGAAUCAUUCUUUGAAGCAGCUAGCAUGAUGAGCCAGCUUUCCCACAAACACUUGCUACUUAACUAUGGUGUUUGUGUUUGUGGAGAUGAGAACAUUAUGGUUCAGGAGUAUGGAAAAUAUGGCUCUUUGGACACGUAUAUGAAGAAGAACAAAAAUGGCAUCAACAUCACAUGGAAGCUGGAGGUAGCCAAGCAGCUAGCCUGGGCUAUGCAUUACCUGGAAGACAAGAAUAUUGUCCAUGGGAAUGUUUGUGCCAAGAAUGUUCUGGUGAUCCGAAAAGAGGACCGCAAGACGGGAAGUCUGCCUUUCAUCAAACUCAGCGACCCUGGCAUCGGCAUCUCCGUCCUGCCCAAAGAAGUUUUGGUAGAGCGUAUCCCGUGGGUGCCGCCCGAAUGUGUGGAAAAUCCCCAAAAUCUGAGUUUAGCCACAGAUAAGUGGGCUUUCGGCACGACCCUCUGGGAAAUCUGCAGCAGUGGAGACAAACCGCUCCACACCCUUGACUGCUGCAAGAAGCUGAUGUUCUACAAGGACAGACACCAGCUACCUGCUCCUAAAUGGAUUGAGUUGGCCAAUCUGAUUAACAGUUGUAUGGAUUAUGAGCCUUCACACCGACCCUCCUUCAGAGCGGUCAUAAGAGACCUGAACAGUCUCUUUACACCAGACUACGAGCUGCUGGUGGAAAGUGACAUGAUGCCCGCCCGGACGCGAGGCUCCGGUUUCCCGUGGGCCUCUGAGAGCCAGGAACCUGCUCAGUUUGAGGAGCGACACCUCAUCUUCCUAAAACAACUAGGCAAAGGCAAUUUCGGUAGUGUGGAGAUGUGCCGCUACGACCCGUUGCAGGACAGCACAGGGGAGGUAGUGGCCGUUAAGAAACUCCAGCACAGCACGGCCGAGCACAUUCGGGACUUUGAGCGCGAGAUCGAAAUCCUCAAGUCUCUCCAUCACGAGAACAUUGUCAAGUAUAAAGGAGUGUGCUACAGUGCAGGACGAAGGAACCUACGCCUGAUUAUGGAGUAUCUUCCAUACGGCAGCUUAAGGGACUAUCUCCUCAAAAACAAAGUUCACUUUGAUAUCAAGAAACUGCUUCUCUACUCACUACAGAUUUGCAAGGGAAUGGACUACCUGGCCACAAACCGCUACAUCCACAGAGACCUGGCCACGAGAAAUAUUCUGGUGGAGAGCGAAAUGAGGGUGAAGAUUGGUGACUUUGGUUUAACCAAGGUCUUGCCCCAGGGCAAAGACUACUACACUGUGAGGGAACCCGGGGAAAGCCCCAUCUUUUGGUAUUCUCCAGAGUCACUCACAGAAAGCAAGUUUUCAGUUGCCUCAGAUGUUUGGAGUUUCGGCGUGGUCCUCUAUGAACUUUUCACUUACUGCGAUAAAAGCCAAAGUCCACCUGCGGUGUUUAUGGAGCAGAUGGGGGAUGAAAAACAAGGACAGAUGAUCGUUUAUCAUUUGAUCGACCUGCUGAAACAAGGCUAUCGCUUGCCCGUCCCGGAUAAUUGUCCCAAGGAGAUACAUGCGAUGAUGAGCGAAUGCUGGAGCGGCGACCCGGGACAGAGGCCAACUUUCCAAAAGUUGAUCCGCGACGUGGAGACGGCGCAAAACAACAUGGACACGUGAGCCACAUUCAUCGGCAAUGUACGGCGCACAUUACGUUUCCAGCCAGUCUGGUCAUCUAUCAUGUCAAAAUCACCUUGGCAAAUACAGUCGAGUGCCUCUAAAGGUUAUUCACAGCACUUCAUCUUCGUUAUCAUCAUGGCGUUUUGUAAGUAUAAUUUGAAAGCAAACAUUUUUGAAGUAAGGCAGUAACAAAAAAUUUGCAAAAUUGAAGCACUGUGAAAACAUAGUGGAUGCACUUUAAGCCCAAAAGAUUAUUGGUCGGACAAAAUGACUGCCGUCUGUAUAUAUGUAACGGGUACACGAGGGUCCGCUGUGGAGCAUGGAAACCUCCCUGCCGAUUCAUGUAAGGCCGCUGGCGGCUGUGCCGUUGGCUCGAGCUUUAUAGCGCAGUGGUAACCCUACCUGCCCAGUGAAAGCAUUGUGGCGCGCAGGUUCACGUGCCAGCCUAGUUUUCAUAUAGUUAGUUGGACUCUUAUGGAAUUACAAAAUCGGAAUGGAAAGCCUGUUUGAAGGAAAAGGUUCUAGGGAUUUUGAUACGUUUCAUUUUAUUAAGGUUAUGUAUAUAUUUUUCUAUUCAUGAAAUAAGAAAAGUUGUUGUAGACGUGACUCUGCUGUGUGUUGUGUAUAUAUUUUGAAUGAGUUUGUAUAAAAGUUGUCGUGACGAUUCCGCAACACACAUGUACAUUUACUGUGCCAACAUGUUUGUCAUAAUUGAACAAACACAUGAAAAAAAGUGGAAAUAACAUGUUUUUCAAAUUGAACUGAAAAUAAAAACAUACCCUGUGUUUUGUUAGCCAGGCAAGCCUGUUUGAUUUUCGCCAUAUACUGGACAGAUGACAGGUCAGUUUCGCCUGUGGUUUUUCUUGUACAACGUACAGUCUCAUUCAAAGCACGAGAGAACACCUAAACUGACUUUGCACAUACUUUUGUCAGACCCGAAAACAGAAACAUUUUUUGCGUUUCUUCUUUUUUCAAAAAUAAGUCCUGUAUUUUUCGGACUAUAAGGUAGUCCCUGAGUUACGAACGACUUCUGUUUCUCCGCUGCUGACGUAACCCCAAUUCGUCUGGACGGGACACGGGGCCGAUAAAUAGGGGGCCCGCAUUGUUGCCGAAGCCAUCAAAGCUGACCGAGUGGAAUCACUGACAAAGCUUUUGUCGUUAAAAAUUCUUGUGAAUAAAUGCUUAAAUCCCCAAAUUCUUUAGAUAUGUACGUCAAACAGUCUCAAUUCAUGGUUAAAAGCAAAAAAACAAAACAAAACAUGCAGUUAGCAUUUAUUUUACGUAAAUAUGUCGGAGUACAAUGCUAGUCUGUUAUUGAAUGAAGCUAGUGGCCACCUGAUGUAACCAGAGCUUUUCUGGUGAAAGUUCUUGAAUAAAUGCAUAAAUCUCUGAAUUCUUUAUAGAUAUGGACAUAAAACAGUCUCGAUUCUUGGUUAAAAACAACAAAAAACGUGCAGUUAGCAUUUACUUUACGUAAAUAUGUGGAAGUACAAUGCUAGUCUGUGAAUCUAGCUAGCGGCCGCCUUAUGUAAACAGAGCUUUUCCGGUGAAAAUUCUCAUGAAUAAAUGCUUAAAUCCUUGAAUUCUGUAUAGAUAUGGACAUAAAACAGUCUCGAUCCUUGGUUAAAAGCAAAUUUAAUCGAUUUUUUUUUCUAUGUCGGACGCUUGGUAUGCAAGCAGGAAAGCAGCACAAAGCCAAAAAAAGCGCACCAGAGUGGCCAUAACAUUGACUUAUUUCAACAAAACAAGAGGGUACACUGUUGUGUCCUGUCUCUUCAAUGCCAAACUUGGCUGCACGUCGGCCGUGAAUGAACACAUAAAGCGCCGUCACCCAGUUGUCAUUUUGGAAGACGACAGGAGACAACAAGCUGGCAGAUCGUAAGUCCCUCUAACUAACUAAUGACAUUUUUAUUGAAGUUGCUAAGCCUGUCGCGAUAUGCAAUAAGUCCAUUUAUCGCACGGUAAAUAAAAAUGAGGGUGGUCAUUUUCACAGCUGCGUUUUAUUAAGUGCGUGUGUGCGUGCACACGAGCAUGUUCAUGGCAUAAGAGACUCCAGUUCUUUUCACAGAUUGGUCAUCAGCACGCCAUAUAAUUAAAGUUCAGACAUACAACAUAAGGAAACACAUUUAUAUUAAACACUGUAAACAUUAGCAUUGCUACAUUGGGGCCAAUGGGGAAAAAAAGACAACCUACUUUAGCCUGCUAUGAAACAUUAGCAGUCUUCUCCAAAACGCAAACUUGCAGUUAAAAAGUGACACUUCAAACAUGAAAAAUCGCUGAUUAACAGCAUUUGCAAACAAAUUUUAAAAAAAAAAUCUUACUGACACCACAUGCAAUGACAAAAAAAGUAAAAGCUUUUUUUUUGCGUAGUGUUAAGUUAGCUGUUUAGGGAACGUACUUCCGGUGAACAUUUCAAAAAUAAAAGCGCGUCAUGUUCAUCAUAUAAAUAACGAUUUCUGGAGUUAAUCCCACAUACCGGUACUUUAGAAUUCAGAUUCUACAUUAAGAAUAGCUUUAAAAUGACACCCUUUAUGAAAAAUCUGAUUGGCAAUGACUAUAAUACUAUUUUAUAUAUAUGGUAGUAGUAUACUAUACUAUUAAUGCUAGAUAUUUUUUUAAGAAUUGAAUCAUGUUGGAAAGGCAAAUUCAGUGUUCUGAAUCUGUUGACAUUCCAUUCUUUUGCACUAGUUAAUGCUAUCAGCAUUUGACCUCAUUGUUUAUUUGUGAUUUAUUGUUAUUUAGGUGUUUAUUUGCACUUUAUUAAAGAAUUUAAGUUUUCCCCAAAAAAUUUAUGAAUUAAUAAACAUCAAAAAUUUCAUUGCUAAAUUAGUAAAAAAAAAAAAAAAAACCUGACCUUUUUAACCCCUCACCCAUUUUCAUGCUUGUUUUAACUCCUACCCUAAUGAGAUAAAUUUCCCAACAUUGAAUAAUUUAUUGAAACACACCUUUGUAUAUUGCAAUAUUGUCGAUUUUUUUUAUUUUGCAUCAGCUUCCUUUUUCAA